AUGGGUCGGGGACUGCCCAAUCACUUGGCAUCACUUCUCCGCCACCAUGCGCCGGAGAAGCCAUCUGAGGAGCAGGUGAAAGCAAAGGAGACCGGUCGAGCGGCGCGUAGGCGUGCUGCACGAAGUAAGCGAAAGAUCAAGAAAGCCGAGAGGCAUAGCCAGGAGCAGGAGAAACGGCGUGCCAGGAAGGCGGAGCGAGCAGAGAAGCUGGUUGCCCAGGAAGAUGUCCAGCCCCCUGUUCAGACUGCCGAAGUGACCUCUGAAGUCAAGACAAAACGGCAAGGAAAGAGCAAGGCCGUGAAGCAAGUUCAGCCGAAAAAACCGGGCAACGCUGCAAAGGCCUCCGGAGUCGAGACGUUGUUCGAUCCAGAAGGUGCAGCGAGAGAUGAGGCACUUCUGAGAAAGCUGGAGAAAAAUCUUGGGAUCGCACGGGAUCCGUCCAAGAGAAAGAAGGAGGAACGCCGGAUAUUCGAGGCACUCGGCUUCGAUGCCUUCGAUGCUGCGGAUGCUGGCAUGGAGGAGCUCUCAUCGGAUGAGCAGGGUCCCGAAGAGGUCACCAGCUCGCAUGGCCCUGCGCCUGCACAUCGCCUACCAGCUGAGGGCGACUCCUCUGCAGAUGCCAUGGCGAGUUUGCUCGAGACCAUUCUCGGAGGUAAGUCAUCCGCAACUGAUGCUGGCCCCAAGAGAAAACGCCGUGUAGCAAAGUCUCUGAAGAUGGCACGUAGCACCUAA